AUGUCAUCGUCAUAUGAAGGGAGGUACAAUCUGUAUAGUCAGGGUAGUAGUGGAUGGACAUCAAUGAGGAAUGAAGAAUUUCAAGAAGAACAAAUUUGGGGUGAUGUCAUCGACGAAAGAUGCGAAUUUGGUUCAAAUCUCAGUAGAGACAAAGAAACGUCUUCAAAUUUCAGUCCUAGGAGGCUACCCUCUGCAUCCAUGAUGAUUCCAAGAUCAAACAAUAAUUCAAUUCACAAAUCUAAAAUAACUCAGCAUUCAGCUCCAGUACACAUACCCGAUUGGUCAAAAAUUUAUGGGACAAGUUUGAAAAAAACCUCGUGGCGUGAUGAUGAAUAUGAUGACGGUUCUAGUGGUGGUGGAUAUAAUGAAGAAGAAGAAGACGGCGAAAUAAUGCCUCCACAUGAAUGGAUUGCUAAAAAACUUGAAAAGAGUAAAAUAUCUUCUUUUUCAGUGUGUGAAGGUGUUGGAAGAACUUUGAAAGGGAGAGAUUUGAGCAGGGUGAGAAAUGCAAUUUUAAGCAAAACAGGGUUCCUUGAAUAA